AUGCAAAAAACGGAUAAGUAUGGAAGAGGAUGUCCUUUGUGCAGGUGUCACAUAGCGCUUAAGAGCAUCGUUGAGCUGAAGUUCGAGUGCGUUGAACGUAGUAACGGUUUGUUGCCUCUUUCGGUGUCUAAUCGUACGCAGAAACUGAAGGCAAGGUUAAUGCAGAUACAAACGGCAACGAAACAGGAACUGGAAGAUGUAAGGCAACGCCUGUCGAAGGCGACGUCGGACUUGCUCGAGGUGCAGGAACAAUGCGCAUUAAUGGAGAAUGAAAACACGUCGUUUAGAGAGGCGGUAUUGCGUAUGCAAGAGGAUAAUGCAACACUAGUCGGCGAAAACAAGAACCUCAAAGUCGUCGCAGCUGCCGACAAGACAAGCAUUGGACAACUGCACAAUCUGCUGCAAAAGGCUAAAGCCAGGCUCAAGAAACUCGAAGACGUCCACAAUUACCUGAAGGCGGAUGAUCACGGGGCUCAAUCGUUUGAUUCGUGCCUCAAAACACUCAGCUCCACGGAAAAGUUAGCCCUGCUCAGCAACAGGGUAAUCGAGCUUGAGGGGGUCAACAAAACACUCGUGGAUUUGAAGGACGUGUGGAAAAGAAAGUGUGACGAACUCAGCGGCGAGUACCUCGUGCUCGAAAGGGAGCACAGGGCGGCGAUGAUGGCUAAAGCCCCCACCAAUCUGGAGCACCUUUGGGAUCCUUUUAGCGAAUCUUCCAGUUCCACCUCCAGUGGCAGGGAAAAGAACGCGGAAGCAGAGCAUGACAUGCUCAGAAGCAUACCAAAGUCGAUCGAUGUGAGCCAAAUCGGAAGCAGUAGAGCACUGGAGGUUGAGACUAAAAGUCCUCAUAGGCGGACGCACGUGGAAGCAUUCGAUAGUCAUACCGAGAGUGCAUCCACAAAGGCUCCAAAAUUGAAGACGCAAAGGAUCUCGGAUUUCUUCAAAGCUAAUUAA